ACAUAAUUUUUGGGAGUGUUCUGCUUUGGACUGACCCUAACUUUCGUUUUCGAGGGAAAAAAGUUGUGAAAUAAACUCCCAGUCCAGUGUUUUGUUAUGAAGUCUCAAAGGUGGACGUGUGUCAAAUAUGGAUUUUAGGCAACAAUACGAGUCAGCUCAGGAAUGGGCAGAUGGCGAGAAGGAUUUUAGCGUUGGAUCUGAGGACGAGGAAGAAAGAAAUUUUAGAUUAACUAUUCUAAACACUGAUUUGGUAUUCACAAUUACCGUCCCUAAAGAAGAUGACAGAGAUUGGAUGGUCUGGAGUGAAUGUGAGAAAGUUCUGCCUUAUCUUCAAGAUAUUCAAGAAUUCUUGUCAAGCAGCAAGAAAAGGACCAUCACAGAGAUUUUGAAUAAAGUGAAGGUUGCAUGCCAAAAGCUUUUACCAUCAUCUGGUGAAGAUGAAAAUGAAUCCGAUGACGAUGAAUUUGAUGAUGAUUAUUACAACCAGGAUGAUGACGAGAUGGAGGAGGAUGCUCCAGCACAAAGUCGAGAGGCCAGAGUUGAUGAGGAGGAUGAUGAGGAAGAGGCUAACUUCUUUGGGUCGGGAUCUAAUCCCCUGGCAGUGAAGCGGCUUCUGAAAGAUUUGAAGGCCUUCAGGAAAGAUGGAAAAAAAUUUGGACUUGAUGGGGGACCAAGGAAUGACAACUUAUUCGUAUGGGAUAUAAAACUAAUAGACAUUCCAGCAUCAAAACUAGCAAAAGACCUGGAUGCGUUUGCCAAAAAGCAUAAUACGGAUGCAUGUAUAAACCUAGAGAUGAUGUUUCCUGGAGACUAUCCAAUGUCUCCUCCGUUUGUGAGAGUCACAACACCAAGAUUUAAAUUCCUGACUGGUAAUUGUAACUUCCAUAACUCUGUAAACAAAUGUAUAAACCUAGAGAUGAUGUUUCCUGGAGACUAUCCAAUGUCGCCUCCGUUUGUGAGAGUCACAACACCAAGAUUUAAAUUCCUGAUUGGACAUGUGACCAUUGGAGGCUCGAUAUGUAUGGAAAUGUUGACCAAAUCGGGAUGGACACCUACAAAUGACAUAGAGAACAUCCUGGUGCAGAUUCGAUGUGAAAUUCUCAGCGACCCGAACGCCCAGUUGGAUCUGAAUAACGCCAACACAGCAUACACUAUGUCUGAGGCUAAGGCUGCGUUUACGCGAAUGGUGCAGAGAUAUGGCUGGGACAAAUCAUGACAAUGUCCGGAGACUUCCACUGUACACUCCACAGAUUGUGAUGACACGUUAGAUCUCUAUCUCGGCAAUAACAGGGAUAAAUGUGUGUGGAUGAAUGUCUUUUAAAAGAACAGUAACAUUUUAUUACAGGACGUAAAAAACUUGAAAAAUGAGUUGCCUCUCAUUACUGCUUAUGUUUUAUCACUUGCAGUUAUUUCAUGUCAUCCAUUUCUUGUUAGCACACUCCUAACUGUGAUUAUAUCCUCUCACUCUGACCUUCACACUGAAUUUGAAAUCUAGAAAAUGCAAGGGGAGAAACAAGUUUCACAACUCUUGCUCAUUAGUUACUAGUUCUCUCCAACUCUCAUUUUUCGUAAUUCAUGAAAUACACUCUGACAGCCUAUGUAUCUUGUGAAUUUUUAAAAGAUAUAAAUCAUAAAAUAUCA